CUGCACGAAAGUUUUUCAUGCAGGGUUCAGGUAAGCACAUAUAAAGUGUUUUGGAGAGCCGUCUUUAACCGAAUAAAUAGGGCAUCAUCUUCGUCAAUGCUUUAAACACGUCUGCAGAGGUUUACAUGUUAUGUCAGGGCGUGAAAUUGAUUUUUUUUUCUGAUAGCCACUUGGCUCCUAAAUUCUUCAAAGUGGUAGCCAAUUCAAAAGAAGUUAGUCGCCAUUUUCAAAGACAAACAAACCCUUUUUUUUACGCUGUCAUCGUUCUAGAAAUUAGAUUAGGGAAAAGAUCUCUAACGUGCUACAAAGUGGACACUAGGAUGGAUGAUAUGCAACGUUCAAGCUCACCUAAAUCCAAGAUGGCGUCUAGUGAUCGAUCUUGAUGCAUGUGCUGCGUUUUGGAAACAAAUUUAACGGGGAAGUUUGCUGCGGAUUUAUCUUUGCAAAUCUUUUUAAUUUACUAUAUCUUUAGGUAACGUUAUGAUGAAACAUUCUAGUCGCCAAUUUGGCGACUAAUUUUCAGGAUUUGGUCGCCAAAGUAAAAAAUUUAGUCGCAUUGGCACCUGUAUUAGGCGCAAUUUCACGCUCUGUUAUGUUUUUUUUAAGCCCCCUCAAGUAUGUUUGCAAAUUUGUUGUAUCACCAAAUUCAGACUGGUAUCAUUCAAGGAAUUUAUUGAUCAGAUCUGAUACUUGUGCUCUCUCCAUUUAAUGGAGAGAUGGGGAUUGAGGACGGAGGGAGGUGACACUGAGACAACCUCACAACCUUUUGACAUAUUUAGGAUACUGAUCCAACUCCUUUAUCUUGGGUUCGCCCAAAGAAGUAAAUAUAUUGUCAAGCUGAUAGUUUAACAGAAUUAACAAAUUUUUUUAAAAAGCCAGCUGAGAAAUGCAUGGUCAUCAAUUUGCAGAAUUGGACUCUGUAGAUCUCUUAAAAUAGGGUAAUUUAUGUGACCCGAGCACUCAAUUUGGUUGCCCUUCUCUCAUACUGAUCGACAGAUUAGUACUUGGAGAUCGAAAAAUACUUCACAUAGACAGCUUGAAUAUGUUUGUGGUGGAUAAAGCUUACUUACCAAGCACUAUUUGGGUAAACUUCAGAGAGAGAUUAUGUGUGUUGAUAAAUCCUUUAUCAGUGAAGAAGGAUAUAAGUUAGUUCUUAAACAUAGAACAAUGGUGAUCAAAGAAAAGCUUUUUACAUGUAUUCACAUUUGCGUACUGGUCAUUCAGCAGUUCAAACAUAUAAUAUAGUAAUACUACAAAAUACUCAAAAAAUACCCUAAAAAUUCUCAUUUAAAGGCUCUUGCAAAAGCAGGCGAGAUUGGUUUUAAGGACAGAGAGUAACAUUUAAACAAUGUGGAAGCGAGAGAGCACAACGGACAUUAAAACAUCCAUCACUUCUACCUUUUUCUUGUCUUCUAAUUAGAAGUUUGUUUGCUGGUCUCCACACUAGGUAGCAUUCCAUAAUGUGAUAUUUCUCUGCUUUCUCCUCAGAAGAAGCUCCAAACACCACUUUAAAGAGCAACACAACUGAUGGGAAAAAACAAACAAAGUCUGUUCAAGGUGAGUAAACUUUACAACAUAUGUCAUUUAACCCUUUAAUGCCUAAGAGUGACUGGCAUCUAUUUUCUCCUUACAAGAUCACCCCUGGUUCAAACAUCAAGGUCAUGAGAAUAAGGGAAAUGAUCAACAACUAAAGAAGCUCUUGAUUGUUAAACAAAUUCUGUUUUUCUGAACCCUAAGAAAAGUACAGAGAAAGUAUUGAGAAAAAUUGUGCAUACUGAUAUUAGGGUGUAAAGGUUCAAUUAUACCUCUUAUACAAAGAAUAAGGCUAGUCAGCAAAUACUAAUUUUUAGUGAUUCAGAUGUCGUAGAACAUGAUUGAACUAUGAAAGUUCUCCAAAAUGCCAAGGAUUUGAAAAAAUUAUUUUCUCUUGCAAAACUUUGAGCAAUUGAAAACAAACUGAGUCGAGACUUUGCUUUAGCUACGUUGUUAACGAGCAGCUGGGACUAUUUUUGCUUACUAAUUGUGAUAGCAAACAGAACAACUUGACUGAAUACCAAAGUGACGGCUAACAGACAUAUUCAGCCACAGCCAAAACUUGACACAAAUGACACAAGUAAUAUCCACCAAGCACCAACCAUUCUCUCGAGAUUCUUGGUGCUCUCAGAAACAAAGAGUUCUUGAAAACAAACCUAUUUCUCACUUUUGGUCUUGUUUACCAUCCCCUAAAAAUCGCUCCAGUCAUCCGAUGGAAUAUACUUUUAAACAAACCUUUUGGCCGUUAAUGGCUACAUGUUAUGGUGAUUUAUGAAUAUCUUAGACAUUUCGAUUGUUUACCCGAUCGCCACGAUUGCUACACAACCGAAGCAGUACCACAAUGUCAAAAUAAAGUUUGUUGAACACUUCGUGGUUUGCCGUAAUGUUAUUUUCGAGCGAGCAAAGUUCAGUCAACGCCGAUAAGAAGGCGAGACAGUCGACACAUUCGUCACGGCAUUGCAUACACUAGCUGAACACUACAAUUUUGGUACUUUGACAGAUGAAAUGAUUCGAGGUAGGAUUGUGGUUGGCUUUAUGGACACGAAAUUGUCAGAGAAACUUCAGUUCGACCCAGAGUUCACGCUGCCAAAAGCAAUCAACCAGGCACAGCAAAGGGAAGCCGUCAAAAAACAACAAACCCUAAUGUGGAAUGACUUCAAGGAAUCCACGGGAAAAAAGAAUGAAGUCGAUGCGGUAAAAGCAGAUAAACUGCCGAAAUUUAUGACCGCCUUCUUGGAAUCGCUGCAACUGCUGUGGGAAAUCUGCGGGCCAUAUUCGACAAAAUUGCCCGGCUAACGCUGCGAUUUGACACAAGUGCAAGAAGAGAGGUCACUGGGCACUUGUUUGCAAGUCUUUGCAAACUGUCGGCAAAAUCGAAGAAGAUUGUGCCUCUCUUGGGACAAUCGGGACUGAGAGAAAAAAAGACAUUUCGUCUAUAGACCUCACUCUACAUAACUACGGCCCUUGUUCAAUCCAGCAAGACCCUGUUUGGCGCGGCCCACACAACUCUUCCCAUUCUUGGCUGCUUAAUGGAAAUCAUCAAAGGAGGAGAAGAAUCUUUAUCUCAGAAAAUGUUUGUGCUGACUGGAGCCUGGUUAGCUCUCCUUGGCCGUCCAGCUAUAGUGGGGCUAAGAAUUGUCUAAAAGGUCAAUGCAGUGGAAGCAGAGGAAGUUAAAGAAAAAUUCCCAAAUCUCUUUAAAGGUCUAGGAAAACUUGGUGAUCCUGAUUACCUAAUCAAGCUCAAACCUGAUACAAAACCACCUGCAAUUGGUACACCAGGGAGAGUACCUGUCCCCCUUCUUUCGAAAGUCAAUGAAGAACUGUCUAGGAACUCAUCUAGCAACUCAUUUCUAAAGUGGAUGAGCCAGCGGAAUGGUGCGCCAGGAUGGUUGUGGUCCCAAAAGCUAAUGGCAAAGUUCAAAUAUACAUUGAUCUAACCAAGCUCAACAAAAACAUCCUGAGGGAGUAUCAUUCUCUACCCAGUGUUGACCACAACUUCGCCCAACUGGCUGGAGUGACCAUAUCUAGUAAACUUGAUGCCAACUCAGGAUUCUGGCAAAUAGGCUUAUCUCCAGAGUCAGCUAAACUCAAAAUUUCAUCAUACCUCUCGGCAGGUUUUGUUUUAAUCGCCUACCAUUUGGAAUCAGUUCAGCCCCUGAACAUUUCCAGAACGAAUCUCGCAGGUUCUUGAAGAAACUGAUGGUGCUCUUUGUUUGAUGAACAAUAUCCUUGUGUACGGCAAAUCAGUGGAAGAACAAUCAAAACCUAGAAGCAACCCUUCACAAGCUAUAGGAGGCUAACCUUAAUCUAAAUGAAGAGAAAUGUGAAUUCUCAAAAUCGUCACUUGAAUUCCUGGGACACUCAUUGACGCUAAGGGAGUGCAUGUUAGCCCCAAGAGUGUUGAAGCCAUUUUGAAGAUGAAAGCGCCUUAAGACCAGACAGAAUUAAGAUUUCUUGGCAUGGUUAACCAACUAAGCAAGCUCCAGUCACAAAUAGCAGAGCUUUCCAAGCCACUAAGAGACCUAUUGAGUUACAAAAGUCACUGGUUAUGGAGUGAAGCCCAACAGCAAGCAUUUGCAGCCCCAAAGAAGAUCACCUGGGCAAGUGAGCACUUCACCAAUUACCUAAUUGGCCUGAAAUACCACAUUGAGACCAACACAAGCCUUUAUUUCCCCUGCUGAGUACUAGGAACCUUGAGGACCUGCCAGCCAGAGUACAAUGUUUCUGAUUGCGAAUGAUGAGGUUCAGUUACUCUAUUUCGCAUGUACCUGGGAAGUCCCUUGACACAGCAGACACCCUUUCCUGCAAACCCCUAGUUAAACCCCUUAACCGAGAGGAAGAGAAGUUAGAGGCUGAUGUACGAGCUUAUGUCGACUCCAUCGUAAAAUACCUACCAGCAAUGGAAGAUCGACUGGAAGACUUCAGGUCCCAACAACAACAGGAUAAAAUCACAAGGCAACUCAUCACUUGUUGUUCUGAGGGUUGGUUAGAAAAACCCCAGCUCCCUGGUCCACUUAAAGCGUUCUGGCUUGAGAAAAAUGACCUCACAGUACAACAUGGCUUACUGAUGAAGGGAAACUGACUGGUUGUCCCCCUGUCCAUGAGAAUAGAUGUCCCAGACAGGUUACAUGAUGCUCACCAGGGUAUUACAAAAUACCGUGAGAGAGCCAAAACGUCUGUAUGGUGGUCUGGCCUGAGUCAACAACUCGAAGAAGUAGUCAAGAAGUGCCCCACUUGCAUCAAGGAACGAGUAGAUCCAGCAGAACCAGUCAUCCUGUCCGAAUUACCAGAUUGGCCCUGACAGAAAGUUGCAGCUGACCUAUUUGAGCGAAGAAGGCAUCCCUACCUGCUUGUUAUAGACUAUUUUUCUCGUUACAUAGAGGUGGCAAAACUUUCAUGUACUACUCCGCCAGAUGUGACAGCACACCUUCAAUCUAUGUUUGCAAGACGUGGUAUCUCUGAACAACUCAUCUCUGACAGUGGGCUGCAAUUUUCAUCAAUCUCAUUUUCCAAAUUUGCCAAAGACUAUGGAUUUACUCACAUCCUUACCAGCCCCCAAUACCUGCAAGCAAAUGGUGAGGUCGAAUGUGUGGUUCAAACCGUGAAGAAUCUACUUAAGAAACCCUCUGACCCUUACAAAACACUAAUGGCUUAUUGUGCCACACCUCUCGAAAGCGGCCUAAGUCCCGCAGAACUGCUGAUGGGAAGGAAGAUCCACACUAGAAUCCCCACCUCACUAGAUAACCUGAGGCCCUCUUGGUCAUACCUUGAGACCCUUCCAGAUCUCCUCCCCGGAGAACGCGUUUGGUUGCCUGACAAAAAAGUUGAAGGUACUGUGGUAGACAAGGCUGGCCCCCCAUGUUCUUACACAGUUGAAACUCCCAAGGGGCAACUGAGGAGGAACAGACGUCAUCUAAUGAUCUCCCUGAAGCACCUAAUACAGAUACCUGCACCACCCUUAGCUCGUCUUCUCCUGAUGUUCAGAUUGCUAAGAGCCUGAGCCCACUGCCCUAGCUACAGCUAACCUAACAGUCCAUGUCACCUGUUUCAACUUCAGGCCUACAAUGAUAUAUCAGUCCAUUAAAAUUUGAAAUCAUCAUGCAAACCAAAAUUUCUGGUCAUUAGGCACUGCAGUUAUCAGGGAGAAAUGACAGAGGAAAAGAUGAACUGCAUUGCUUGAUGAAUACUUAAAUCACAAAACUAUUCAUAUGUUUUCUAUAAAGUGGUCCACCAAGCAUGGAACCAACCAUUCCAUGUUGACUCAACUGCAUGGAACUUCAGCUGCAACUUAAGAACUUAAUUCUGAAAGAGUUUAUAUCUUAAUUAGUUCUUCCAAAAACUACAACAUGUAAGAUGCAAGAGGCAAUAAUACUCUUGUCAGGAUCCAUAAUUUAUGUUUGUAGAUUAGGUUUUUGAAAACCCUCCAAAAGCGUCCUACCUAAGAACGAGUUGUGUUUCACAGCUGGUAUGAUUAGCAGUGUUGUAUAACUUGAAUAACUAAUCACGAGUUAUUGAUUUUUUACAGAAGGAAGCAUUCCAGCAGAUGAUGACAACAAACAACAAAAUUUCCAAGGUGAGAAAGUUUUAGAAAGUGCUAUUUAUUCAUGUUCACUUUCUGGUAAGUAAGUUUUUUGUUUAUAUGUUUGUUUUGGAAAGCCCUGUUAAGAGAUACAUAUAACCUUUUUGUCACUGUCAGCUUACUGGGGUUUUUGUAAGAAAAGAAACAACCAUUUAGCAUUACAAUUACUUUGGCGGACAUCAUAGUCUGGGGGAGAGAGAUAAAUGAUUAGACAGGCUAUCUAUCGAGGCAUCUAAAAGUUUGUUUAGAUAAGAAAAAUAAGAGUUAAUAAGCACAUAUUGACCACUAUGUUAUGCUUUCAUAGCACCAUGAAUUAGGUAUUCAGUGAUAAAACUUCAUUACUGAGGUGAUAAUCUCCUUAAUAUGUUUAAUUUUCGUUAAAUUAACUGAAAAGCUAAGUAGAACUUAUUAAAAAAAACAAGAAAUGAGUGUGUACCAGGUGAAUAAACUUUAUAUUGCAUGUUACAUUCAGGAAUAUUAAAAUAAGACUGUAGCUGUUAGGAAUAUUGCGAGGAACAAAUCAGUGAAUCAAGCAUGCCACAGAAAAGUUCUUAGAAGAAUAAAAAAAUCUGGUAAAUCAGCUUUUCAUCGCUGCAACGAUGGGAUUAACAGCAUCUUCCAGUCUAAUACAAUGACCAAUUACUGCAUUUCCUCAUGCAAGUGCCCACGCUCUAAGAGGUGCCCUCCCCCGAGGCCAAUAUAUGCAGUAAGCCUGCCCAUAGAAAAAUCACUCUUCGCUCUCCCCCACUUUCCUAAAUAAAAGGAAAACUUGAUUCUAUUACCACUUUAUCUAUAACUUUUUAACCUUCAACUACAGCUAAAUCAGUACAGCUUAUAGUUUCUUACAAAAGACCUCUCAAUUAAGCAACUUCCUUCCAAUAGGUGCCUAUCCUUCUUAUCAAAACUUGAAAUAAUUCAUGCCUGGGUACUUACUCGAGGAAAUGCAGUAUCUAACAGUGGUCUCUGUAAGAAUCAAGCGACUUGGGAAAUGAAAAAUUUCAACCCCCCUUCAAAUUUGCAUGUAGUUAGGUACCCAAGGGAUGCACAAAAAUGCCCUUUUUAAAGGUUGCACCACUUUUGUUGCUAUGGAAACAAAGCAUGAUUGUUCAUGGCAGAAGGCCAUACUUAGAAACAAAAAUUUGCUUAAAAAGUGUAAAAUAUAUAUUUCUCAAUCUCCUGUCCAUUUAAAUGAUACAACUUACAGCACACAUAGUGAUAUUGUUCAUCUUCGUUGUGGUACAUUCAAUUUUUCAUGAGAGGUAAUGUAAAUAAUGGAAACGAUGAUUUAUCAAGGUACACUUUCGGCCAUUUUGGCGAAAGAGUAAAGCAACUAAAAUUUCUCCAAAAGUACACUGAUCCUGGAACUGAGACCAACCUCCUAGCUAGUGCUAAUGUUCUGGUUGCUAAUUCGGUAAACAUCUCUGCCUGGCAGUCACUACUUUUUAUAAGGGCAGUUCACGCACUGACCUCAAAAAUCUAUUGUGUACUUUCCAUCUGAUUAGUUGGAAGUGUUUAAAAAUUGAAUAACUUUUGGUUUAUCAAACAAAAUUUAUAAACUAAUUCAAUUUGUGAAUUAAGUUACAGGAAUAAGGCUUGAAUUUGUCUUAGUGUGACUGGAUUCUGAUCGUUAUUUCCAUAUAAUUUACACUAGUAUUUUUUGCGUAAUCUUUUUUAAACUUACAGUUGUUACCUUUUGGAAAUAUGCACUUUUUACUUUCUCUUUUACAAAUACUACUUGGCAGAAUUGAUUUAAGUCAUUGCCUCUCUCUUGUGUGAUCAGUCACGAGUGUUUCUAAUUCUUAUUGUUAUAAAAUAUUGAGUCAGUUUAGUUUUGGUGUGCAUGUUCACCAAACUCAUCACUACAUUUUAUGCCAGAAGAACUAUUUUAAUUGACUGAGUAACUUUUAUGUCAGAGUGGAGUAAAUGUGUUUUCCAAACUCACUAAUAUAUUAACAUCAGAAAAAUAAGUGAUUUGAUGGUUCAGUUUUCAUAUACCAGUCUUUAACUGCAACAUGAUUUAUGUUGGAGAUUUAUACUAGUUGAUUUGUAAACUUUUACCUUUGCUUUUUUCUUCAGUUAUUUUGUACAAAUUUGUCAAUGCAUAAAUUUUGUUUUCUUUAUGUUGUGAAAACUUUUUCUAAUUAGGCCAAAUAGCAGAUCAACGUAAAGUACAGCUGGCUCAUGAAAGGGUUUUGAAAGAUGGAUAUGUCACAGUUUACCGCAGUAGAAUAAUACUCAUUGGUCAAGAUCGAGCUGGCAAAACCAGUUUAAAGAAGAGUCUCAUAGGCCUUCCAUUUGACUCUGAAGAACAGAGAACUGAGGGGAUUGAAGUGGAUCCUUUAAAGUGUGAAAUUUAUGUUGACCAAGGUGCAAGGAACUGGCAGUCCAUUGGUAAGAAUAAACCAGGACUGUUGGAAUGUUCUAAAGAUGUGGCAAAAACUGUGUUUGAGAAAAUUUUUAUAAAUUUUUAUAUAAUGAAACUUCAGAAGAAGAUUUUGAAAAAGACUCAGCCCACAUUUCCUCUGCAGAUUUUGAAGAGGGAUCUUUUGAUGGCAACAAAUAUGGCAGAAAAGAGGUGAUGUAA